AGAUGCUAUAACUUUUACAGACUUCUGUGUCCCACAUGCCCCCCUGAGAAGGUCGAAACCACUGUCUCUCUGCUUCUCUGCUUAUUCGCUGACUGUCUGUUCGCACCCGGCGUAGAAUCUGUUGAGCCGCCAACCCGUCCGCAGUGUUUCACUGCCUCCCUUCCGAUGCCUUCCUUCGUCCCUUCAAUCGGCCUGAAACUGAGAUCGCUUUUCCGGUCCAUUUCUCCACACCGGACCGAGCGAUGUUCCGCCGGAGACGCGACUCAGCCUGAAGCGCAGACCGACCACGGGAAGGGAUUGUGGAAACGCCGAUGGUACUCAAGCGGAAGCAGCUCUACCACAUUUUCGCAGAGAACGAUGUCAGUUCCGUCGAAUGAAGUGCCCGCGCCUCCUAGGGGGCCCAAUGUUCCCGCGAAGACAGAAGUCUCGCGUUUCCCUUCAGCCAAGACCGACGCUCAAUGGAAGGUGCUGCUCACACCUGAGCAGUUUCGCGUCCUCCGCAAGAAAGGCACCGAGACUCCUGGAACAGGAUACUACAACAAACUGUUCCCAACAAAAGGGUACUUCGCAUGCGCAGCGUGCAGACACCCUCUCUUUCCCGCGAGUGCCAAAUUCGCAUCUGGAUGUGGAUGGCCCGCCUUUGACCGUUUCUUCAGAGGCUCUGUGUACAUGGAAGAAGACAACUCCUUCGGAAUGAAACGCGUGGAGAUUGUCUGUGCGAAUUGCGGCGGUCACCUUGGGCAUCUUUUUGAGGGCGAAGGGUUUACGGCGACCAACGAGCGGCACUGUGUGAACUCCGUGUCGAUUCGGUACAUCGAGGAGGGGAAAGCCAUUCCGUCUUCGGCCGUGACCACGUACAAGCAGGAGAAGGCGAAGCAGCACCAUCACAAGUGAAGAGCGAGGAGCUUCGUUCCCCCUUUUCACUUCUUUCAGAGUCGCGGGAGGCGCACGUGGAGACACAGUGGCGGUGUGCCGAGAAGGAGCUCGUCAUGAAUUCGCAGCAAGCCUCAGAGAGAAACGAGAACUCGAGGAGCGAUGCCUGCGGCUGGUCCAUGGAGAGACAGCAGCGUCGCGGUUUGCGGCUGGUCUGCUUCAACUUGAGAGCACAAGAAGGGAAGGGGGCGGGUGAAGAGGAGAGAGAGUCAUUGAGAACGUGUUCAGAGAAGACGCUUCGAAGGAGAGAGUGUUUCUGCUUCUCAGUCGAAGGAUUCAGGGACUUGAGACAGAGAGAGACCUGGAUGCAGAGGCAGCAAGAGAAGUCGAGAGAAAGAGGAGUCCGAAGCGCCGACAGCCGUCUGCAGCUCAUACUGGAGUCCUAUUCAGGACCCGAGGUCCUACAGUCGAAGGAAAAAAGGGAGAAGAAGAGAACUGGGUGAGGGAGAUCCUGAGGAAGAAGGGCAACAAGGCAUUUAGGCGAACGGAGGAAGCGAUGAGUUUUUACGCCGCAAGAUGCAAGAAGGCUCAACGCCUGUGUUGCACUCUGUCCUUGAUUCUAAAAAGAGAAAGCGCAAGGUCAAGCUGUUUUUACGUAGGCGGGAGAUAGCGUGGAGGGCGGUCGACGGGGCACCCCGAGUCGGGUGUGCUUUGUUUUUAACAAGGAUUUUUGGGACUUGUGUGCCUGUCUGCAAAUGUUGGGAUAUUGUGUAAAAUGUAGCAGGGAAUGCGUAAAUGUUUUCGUCAAAGAGCUGAAGGGAAAAGCAGAUGAGCGUGUGGUAGAACACUCGUCUCGUUUGGGCUGCUUUAGGGAGACGAUGACCGUGUCGGGUGUGGGGAUCUUUGUUGAGAAGCUUUGUGUCACCUUGCGUGAGAUCAAGCGUUUUACGGGCAGUUGAAAGACGCUCUUUCAACAGGAGGUUCCUCCUUGUUAUCAAGGCAGAACGCGCUUUUCUUUCUCUGCGUCUGCGCGAAAGCGGGUGAUGUGUCGACCGCACACCGAGGCAGCAGUGCGGAUUCCUUCGGGGAAAACUGUGAUAAAGGAUAAAGGAACUUCUGCAGAGCAAACUACCUCGGAGAAAGCGUCGUGUUUGAAGAGACAUGAAGAAACGCCAGAGCUCAAAAGAAAACAGUGACGCGAAUGCUUUCGUCGUUGAUGGUCUGCGUCGUCGCUGUACUUGGGGUUGCUUUGAAAAAAGAAGAAAACAGAGAAAUGCCAGUUCAAAAGCCAGUCUGACAGCCCAUUUUUCUAAGAACAGAGGGACGAUAACGCGACACGGACCGACAGGGCCUCCGCCGGCACUCAGAGACUGUGGGGAGGCUGUGCACCCCGGUUGGAGAGACAGUUGCUGAUUUCCAACUGUGCAACGAGUAACACACUCAUCGCA